CUGAGCUCGAGCCCUGUGGCCGACGGCCUCCGGGCUCGACGCCGUCGAGUUCGAGGAGUCCCUUGAGGAGAGCCGAUGAUCUCUGAUGCCUUGCUGGGGAGCCAUGCCCAGCCAGCGAGCACGCGCGGGACGUGCAAGGCCAGCGCCAGUCUGGCGGUGAUGGGGCUGAGGCACUGGUGGCCAAUGACCACGGACCGUGAGUACCUUGUCCAUACCAAGCGCCGCCUCGUGUGGAAGUACGUGUCGUUCUCUGGCUGCAUGUUCUUGUUUGAAUUUCCAAUGCUUGCCACCGUUCCGUCUGUUUCUUGGUCAUCCCCUCUGUGGCACAUCAUGGGCAUGCUGUUGAUAAGGUGCAUCAUCUUCAUGGCCAUCCCACAUGACAGUAUCUGGAUGGACGCCUUGCUGGCAGCAUGGGCUGUGAUUGAUGUCGCAACAGAGACGCGGCAGCUCAGGCAGGAUUAUAUUCUUUACGCUGGCUUCACGUACUCAUCUGCUGGAUUGCAUUCUCGCAGUUGAUUGCCACUCAUGUUGGCCAUUCCUUUUCAGUGGGCCGACGGAUUGCAGGAGAAGGGCGAAGCGACACACAAGUUGUUUUUAUCUUCACUUCCGCGCUCGUAAUGACACUGGUUUUCGCAAAGGAGUGGUCGAUUACGUCUGCGUUCCACCGCCAGCUGAUUCCUAUGCAUACGAUGGAGCUUGUGCUGGACAACGCCGCCGAUGGCCAGUGCAUCUUGAGCCAAGAGUCUGGCACCGUCAACAAUGCCAGCAGCUCCGUCACUGAUAAGUCGGGGGUGGAUAGACCUCCUACCCUGACACGUCGAUUAAGGAAUUGGCCGUUUUCGGUUCGCGGGAGGGCGUCGCUGCCGUCAUUUUUGCGGGUCCAGCGCCGAAUAAGGGAGGAUUGUCCACCGCCGAAUAAUCUUGGCGCGAACAUCGUCGGCGCAACGACACCUGAUCAUAUCGUGAGCGACGAGGACAGGCAGGGGUUAGCGCCUUUGCUGCGCGAGAGGGGCCCGCGGCCCCCCGGGCCCCAUCCUGGGCCGCCUUCCUGCGCAGGCCGACGCUGCGCGGCGUGCCCGCGGCCCACUUCGAGGCCAAGGUCGUCCCCCUGCGCGUUCUCCUUGGGAGGGGGUGCGCGUGUGCCUGCAGGCAGAGGUCGGGGGCGGGAGCGGCCCUGUGGAGGUCCCAGCGGACACGUGGGCGGGGCACCGCGGCCCUGGCCGAGACGGCCGGGCAGCUGGCCGGCCAUGGGCGUCGGCGCCCGACGGGUGCCCCAGUCUCUGCCAGGAGCCCGUGGCAUUGACGAGGAGAGAAUUUUCUCCCUCCUCCCUCCUCCCUCCUCCCUCCUCCCUCCU